CGAUCUAUAAUUUUCUAUUCCACGUUUUCAAAUUUGAUAGUUGGUGUUGAUAAAUGACUCGAUUUCAAACUAUAAUUGAAUUCACAGGUUUUUCUGAGGCUGAUAAAUUUUGUUCUAUAUUAUUAUUAUUUCUAUUCCUUUUUUCUAUAUUUUGGUAGCUUAUAUUUGAAUGAAUGACACAAAUUCGAACUAAAAUUCCAAUCACCACAGGUUAUUUUCUGGUUGAUAAUUGUUCUUAAUUACUUAACGAGCUUACUUCAGCUUACUACUUCUACUUUUCUAUUUACUACUAUUAAUUUAUUGUUACUUGAUACUUGUCACUACUUUCUCUUAUUCUUAUACUUCCUUAUUAAUUUAAGUUAUUAUCCAAGAAAAUAAUUACUUUCCCAUUUAUUAUAUCUAAGCUAAUAUUUCAACUUUAUUACUUACCAAUCUAACUUGCUACUUAUUACUACCCUACUUACGUAUUUUUUAUAAUCAAGUGGUCAUACUCGAAAAUAAUGCUCUAGUUGUCGAAUGGAAAAAUUUUGUCUAAAUGAACAUGGAAUAUCAAAUUGGUUCAAUCUGGACAUGGUGUCCAAGAAAAAUGUGCUUUAUAGCAUUUGAUCAAAGAGAUGUGAUUUGUUAAUUUGUGACUUGAUUAUACUAAUCAUAGAUCAGAUGUAUAGUAUAAAUCUUCACUUAGGUACUCUAUCUUCACUCACCAAGUGGUACCGAAUACUACUCACAUGUUCCUACUUGUUAGGUACUAUAAUUAUUCUAUUCAUUCUUCCAUGUAAUUUCAUAUUCAAGCGACUAUAUGCCACUACAAUGACGUUUUGAUUUUUGUGUUGUGUAUUUUGGAAAUUUUGCCAGUAAUUCCAACUAGAUCAGUCAAUAAUAAUAAAUUAUGACUUAGUAUUUCAUAUAAAUGCUUUAAGCUGCGUUUACACGAAAGUUAUAAACAAAAAUUUUAUUUCUCCGUCCUUAUAGAUUCUAUUAGAUUGAACAUAACGUAUCAUACACGUGAUGAACAUAUGUGCUUGUCAAGUUCCGUUCAAUCUAAAAGGACGUAAAAUAAUAACUUUGGUGUAAACGCAGCUUUACUAUAUGGCUGAAACAUAAUUUUUUUGGUUACAAAAUGCUAGCAGAAUAGAAAUUUAAUAAGAGUAACUUUCGAGUAAGUAAUAUGCUUUUGCUUGGAGUUGAAAAUUUAUUUCCAUGUGAUUCUCUCAUCAGCUUCUUUGUACAAAAUUGAUGGUAUAAUUUGAUCGUGCUAUAAUCUUUUGCUCAACCUUUUGAUUCAUUAGAAACAUAUAAGUUACCGUACCUCUGAACCAAAACUAUUGUUAUUAGUUAUUAGUGUAUCGUGUAUGGGAAACCGUAUUUUAUUCAGGAUAAUACCUUCAAUUGAUUAUUUAUUUUAGAUAAUAUAGAAAUGUCAUGCAAAAAUGAAAGGUGUUUUUAGUCCUACUAGAAAGGCUAAUAAUAUAAUAAUAAGGACCUUAUAGGCCUACUCAAGGAUCCAUUGGGCAGAAAAUAAAUAAAAAUGUGAUAAAGAUUGUAUAAACUAUCCAUAACUAGGUUUAUUGAACUAUAAAACAUAUUAUAAUUCUAGUGAUGAGAAUGGUGAUUCUUGUGCUCUGUUGAAAAUUUAUUCAAAUGUUCCACAUCACUGAUAGUUUACGUUUCUCGUCAUUAACGAUAGUUGUAAUUGAAUGUGAUUUAAUAGAGAUGAGAGAGUUUUUGUUAGGAUACAUUAAAAAGAAUGUUUUUUUAUUAUUAUAAAUUGACGCCAUUUCAGAAUGAAAUUUGACUGAUUUUAAAUUUUGAUAAUAAAUUUUGUUGAAAUAAAAAAUUGCAUAUCCAUCUUACAACCUGAACGUCCCAAAUAGAGUUGAAACACAGAAAUGUUAACUUUCCAUCAAAGUUGUUUUAUUUCUAUCCAUGUUGUCAUUACAAUAGUUGAGUUAGUAUUAAGGUUGAAUUUAGCAGUUAUUUUCAAUUUAAACUAUAUACAUAGUCGGCGAAUACAGAUAGGUACAUUGAGUGAGCAUAAACACUUCCCACUUUGAAACUGAUAGUUUCAGAAAUGGAUUCCCAUAGAAUUCAAAUACUGAAUUGAUGUAAGGUACAGUACUGAUGUUUUUAAUAAAUCACAAUUAAUUAAUAGUAUUGUUGAACAAAAUUGUUCAGUUUUCUGUAUGGAACUCUGUGUACUAUAGUUUAGAACAUAGCUCAAACAAUAUCUCUGAAUUAGUGACUAUUUGAUCAAUAACUAGACUAUUUCAAACAGACGAGAUACUUUUAGUUGAAAAUUCGAUAUUUUGUAGUUAAUGAAUCAAGUUAUUCUAUUUUUAGUAUACUAAAUACUCCACUCGAAAAAACUCAACUAUUCUAGAAAAAUAAAAAUUCUAAUUUUGAUAUCCAAUUGAAAUUCAGCUUUGUCAUGAUUUUUUCUUGAACAUAGUCCCAAUCUUGUGCACUAUCAAACUGAAAUUAGAUUUGUCGGAGAUAAAUCGAGAAUAAUUCUAAUUGAAUUGCCGAUUGGAAUAAUUCAUAUUUUUACCCUGAAUAAUCCGGAAUAUGAAAACCCUGAUGAUGAUAGUAAUAGAGGAGAUUUGAAUGUUUCAGAUUGGUCGAUUUUGUUUGAGCGCAAGAUGUCUGAUGGCGCAUUUGCGUGCGUGCGUUGCAGUCGAAGAUACAAGUACAAGAAAACUCUGGUGAGACACCUGAAGUACGAGUGUGGUCAAAUGCCCACGUUUUCCUGCCAUAGAUGCGACAGAAAGUUCAAACAUAAGAAUUGAUAGAGUACGCACUGCGCGUGGGCUCGAGCCGCUUCGACAAGAGAAUGCUGCUGUCAGCUGCCGAGGACUCGCUGGAACGCAGGCUGUGUCCCUCGCAGCUGCCUGGUGCGCAUGCGUGUCCCACCUGUCACCGCAUCUACACCUACAAGAACAACCUUAUGCGUCACAUUCGGGUCGAGUGCGGCAAACAGCCCAGUCAGAUGUGUCCCUACUGCACGUAUCGCAGCAAGCACAAGGGCGACGUUCUGCGUCACCUCAAAACCAGGCACCGCGAUGUCGCCCUCUUCUCUUGAUCCGCACAAUCUUUGACCAUCUACCAGGAUUCUCUCGAUUCAUCACUGAUCCUCCUGAGGACCUUCAUUUUAUUAUCAACAUAUAUAUCUAUUAUUAUUUUCUUGAGUUUAUUCCUACUGUUUUUUUUAUUUUCAUUGAUAUUCUUUCUUCUGAUAUUGUUUUAUCAUCACCAUAAAUUUAUUAUUAUUUUUUUUGUUUAUUCCUACUGCUUUUUUAAAUUUUCAUUGAUAUUCUUACUUCUGUUACAGUUCUUGGUGAGAUGUAAUGAUAUGUAUCCUUAUUGAAACACUAGAAUAUUGUUUAAAAAUAUCAAAAAGUUUGAAUUUUUACACUGAAGAUUACACCACAGGUGUAUGUAACUUUUCAAUAAAUUCAUGAUAUUUCUAGACAAUAUUCUAGUGUUCCAAUAUUCUUUCUCUUUUGUAUUUGUAUUAUGACCCUCAAACCUUGAAAGGGUUUCAAGUCUAUAAUCUUUACAAGUAGGUAAAGAUCUUUUGGAAUCGUAACUUUUGUUUCAAAUAUGUGUUUCUUCGACCUUCACCAAAAUUAUGAUUUCUAUUAGUUUCUGUGCUCGUUUUUCGAACUUUUAUGUUCUUCAAAUUGUAACCCUUUGAUUUGCAUUUCCAAUUAUGUUUGUUUUAUUUUUCCUGUGCUAUUCCGGUGUUUUAUUUUCGCUUUUGACAAGUAUUUCUAUGAUCAUGAAAUCUUAAAUUAUUAUGAUUCACUCUUAUUUGUUACUGUGUAUGAUCUUCUGAAUCCUUACGGUAUCAAAACUCAGUUAUCUUAUUAAUUUUACUUAUUUGAUCCUAAUCAUAAGUUAUGAUUUAAAACUUUCUCCUGACUACUAUUUUCUAUAAGUUAAUCAUUGUUUUUUCAUGCUAUCUUCUUCAGUAGGUACUCAUGAUUUUCCAAAUAAUAUUUUAUUGGGUCUUGUUCAGAUAUUUAUCAUAUCAAUCUACGAAUGCCUAUUUUUCAAUGGAACGUGUUUUGCGACGUUUGGAAAACAUUCAACAAUGAACUUGAUAUCAAUAUCGUUUUUUAAUUCAAUAUAAUAAGAAUUACUUGAUAAAUGUUAUAUUCAUCUAUUAUUUUGGUUCAUUUAGGAGUUCCGUAUUUGAUAUUAUGAUUUAAUAUUGUUUUUGUGUGUAGCCGGUUUGGAAGGUUUUGUUGGAUUAAACGUCAUAAUAUAUUUUUAACUUAUCUCAUAAAAUUUAACCAAAUAAUGUAAUAGUCCAGUCACUAACUAUAUACAUUGGUGCAUGCAAUUUAUAUUGUAGUUCUGAUUUUUUAAUAUAUUAUUUGGGUACAUAAGAGAAGUCCAGAACCAAUUUCUUCAUGCAAAAUUUCCUUGUGCUAGAUACAGAAUGGCCCAAAAACCUCGUAUUUUCGGCUCAUUUUCCAGUUUUUUAGCCAUUUACAGCCAUUUUUAAAAUCUUCUGUAACCUUCGAACUGUAUUUGAAUCAAAAGUAUCAUUUAUUGGAGUGGGUAGAGGGGGACAAUUUUCACAUCCUCACUAGAUUUGGAAAUUUUAUCAGAAGUAUUUCACAAGAUAUGCAGCUUUGAAUAAAGAAAUUGGCCAUUUUUUGUUUAUUGGAAUA